AGUCCCUUUUAUUUGAAAAUGCUUCAGAUAAAAAUGCGUGAAUGUUGUGGGGGGCCCAGACAGAGGUCAACCUCGGCACCCAAAAUACUAAUUCCUUCAGAGGUGAUGGGAGAGUAUGAAGAUCCCGAGUUUAAAGAGAAACAAAGACGACGGUCUGCCCCCCUCCCCUCCCGGCCACCUGGACUUUACCCCCUGACAGAGGAAGGUACCUAUGGUACACCACCCAUCUGGAGCAAACCUGAAACAUACAAGAGAAGAGAGAGGAAACCUAAAGUAUAUGCCAGCUAUGCAAUCAGCAGUGAUUGUGAUGUGCAUGCAGAGAAGCUGGAAUCCAUUGAAAAGAGUCAUUCCCUUGGAACACUACAAAAUACCAGACGAUCCUCUGCUCCCCCGAGGACAUCAAGAACCUCUGUAUCUCCAGCCCCUAGACCAUCCUCAGCCCUCAGCGGUUCCAGUGCUUCAAUGUAUACAAACUCAUUUUCCAGGAGGUCAGUCUCUAGCUCCCCUGAGCGACCUCCAAGCCGGUUAUCCUUUACAACAGAUACUUCAGGUUACAGCAGCAACAUACAGUAUCAAUCCACGCAGUACAUUAACUCCCCAGCACCGUCCAAGACAAGGAAAACGGGUGGACUCCAGGGAAGAGGAAAAUGCCGAAAGUUUCUAGAUUUUCUUGAGGAGGACUGUGAGGAAGGGGAUGAGACGGAUUUAAUUGAAUUAAACUCUAACAGUUCUCUAUCAAGUCAUACUACUAGAUCGUCUCUGCUAACAGACAAGAUGGAUUGGGACUCCAUGGGAAUCCUGGGAUUAACUUCAAGGCUCUACAGUGAGACCCAGGCAAAGCAAGAAUCUUUUCUAUGCCAACCAUUCACAAGGAAAGACUCUGUAUCUACUCACGUUUGUUAACACAAUAAAGAGUAAAACAGUUUCCUUGAUCUGGUUGGACAAAAUUACAUCCAUUUGUCAUUCACGCAGAUCACAAGAAAGUCAAGAAAGAGAAAAAGACGUUUCUAUUUUUAAAUCAUGGCAUGCAGGGUUACCUACAAAAGAUGAAAAUCUAAUGACGACCUACAACUUUUUGAUAACAUAGAUCUGAAAGUUAGAAUUUGUUUUCUGCUUUAAUAUAGUUAAUACAUGGUAUCUAUUUAACAAUGUGGCAGGGGUACAAUAAAUAUAAGAACAAAGAAUCCGGUCAGCUGUAUUUUUAAAUGUCUAAUCCUUUUUGGGUACCCAUGUAUGCUCAGAAUUUUUCUAAACAGUAUUAUAAUUGUUUUAAAGUUUUUAAUUUUUAAGAAUAAUAUCAUGUGUUCAUUUUUCCAAUUAGCUAUCUACCCACUUUCACGGUACGAAGUAAUUAAACACGUGUUUUUAACCUUCUAUUUUACUCAUUCACAUAUUUAUUGUAUAUAUCCCAUAACAAUAUUUUCCAAAAUAUUGCGUAAU